UCAUGUAAGUCACAUAUGCAUCCUUCUAGUGUCAUCCUUCAUUCUGUGGAGCGUUAGGAGUGACCCAGAUACCAGUAUCAUGGAAAAGGGGAAGACCCAGCUGCUGACUCUUCAGAACUUUGCCCAGCACCCCCGCUAUGGAGAUUGCUGGCGUGGAGCCCUGCAGAGGGUGGAUGUUGGCUGCAAGCAGCUGAAUGAAGAGGAGCAGAGUCGUAUAGCUCUGGCAUUCACACACUGCCAUCUAGAAAGAUCGGGAAGACACUACCCAGCCUGCACAGAACACAGCACUGUCCGCGAGUGUACACGUGGGAUGGAUUCGGUGGCAUUUAACACAUAUACAGAGUUCUUUACCCAUGCUCACAGUAUUUGUUACUACCUCCAGAAUGAGCUGUGGCAGGAGAGGGCCCAGGACAUAAUUCUCAGGCUGACCGUCAACUCCGACAGUGUAGCUCGCCAGCUGGAAGCUACAAAUGUAAUGGCUGAAGAAAUGAUGCAGGCACAAAGUGCAACCCUAGAGACUCAGGAGGAAAUCUUGCGCAACGGACACCUUCUGAAGCAAACACUGCAAGAAUCUUCCACUGGGGUGAGGCAAGCUUUUGAGGAAAUGCAGCAGUCUGCCACCGAGCAGCGCGUGUUGUUCUCCGAAAUCUUUAACCGCAUCACUUACCUGCACCAGUUUGUUGUAGGGGAAUCCAACACACUCUACUCCUUUCUGUACAACCUGGUGGGCUGUGCUGCUGCCUACUUGCUGACCUCCACUCAGAGGACUUCCGGUGCUAGACUGGCCCUGUUUACCCUUGUUGCUGCUAAUGUCUAUGCGGAGAGGAUGAUCUGCUCCUAUAUGUUGGGCAAUACUCAGCCUAGUUAUGAUCAGACGAAGUCCGUCACAUGA